AUGUACGUGAAAGCAUAUGAAACAGUAUCUGAACUUACGAAAUAUAUUCAGGUGAGAGAGCUGGCCAAAGCCGAGGACAGGGUGAAUCCCGGCAUGUCAAAUGAGCCAGUGACUCCUCCUAAGAAAAGUAUGUCAGAAAGAACAAAAAAGAAGAUCAAAUAUUACAUCACAAAGGCGAUUAAGAAAUGUGGUACAAAACCAGUCCGUGUUACCAUACAUAGGCGAAAUAAGGCGCCUUGUGUGCUGAUGCUAACACGAAAUGAAGAAAACAAGAUACAAACGCAGGUGAUACAAUCAUGUUAA